UCCUGUUUUCAAAGAGGAGUAAGAAGAUGGCCAACCAAAACCCAUCUCUGAUGGAGCGCAGCAUAGACACCGUCAUCGACGUCUUCCACACGAACUCGAAGAUGGAAGGAGACCCAGACACCCUGAGCCAGAAGGAAUUCAAACAGAUGGUGAAGAAAGAUCUGGCAAACUUUAUGAAGAAGGAGAAAAGGCGUGACAAAAUCAUAAAUGACAUCAUGGAGGACCUGGACACAAACCAGGACAAGCAGCUGAGCUUUGAGGAGUUUGUCAUGCUGGUGGCAAAGCUGGUCUAUGCCACCCAUGAGAAGAUGCAUGAGGGGAACCACCCACGUGGGAAUGAUCACAGCCAUGGCUCCGGCUUCGGGAAGUAA